UUGUGUAUAUAUAUCACAUUUUCUUUAUCCAUUCAACAGAUGAUGGACAUUUAAGCUUUUUCCAUAAUUUGGCUGUUGUUGAUAGUGCUGCUAUAAACAUUGCAUUUUUGUAUCUUUUGGAUAAAUACUUAGUAGUGCAAUUGCUGGGUUGUAGGGUAGCUCUAUUUUUAAUUUUUUGAGGAACCUCCAUACUGUUUUCCAGAGUAGCUGUACCAGUUUGCAUUCCAACCAACAGUGCAAAAUUGUUCCCCUAUCUCCUCAUCCUUGCCAACAUCUGUUGUUGCGAAAGGAAUAACAAAACAUGCUAUUAAUCAUCAUCCCCUUCCAGAGCAGCUGGAUGAAAUUUCUUCUACCAAUGACAGCCAUGAAAAAGAUACGAGUUCCCAAAGUGAGUCUGACAUCACACAAGAAUCACCUUUUACAUCAGCUGACACUGGGAAUUCAAGAUCUGCUUUUCCAAGUUAUACAGGCACAGGGAUCUCCACUGAAGGCAGCUCGGACUUCUCCUGGGGAUAUGGAGCUUGAUCAAAAUGCCACUGAAAAGGUCCAGGCAAUGUUCACAGCCAUUGACGAGCUCUUGUAUGAGCAGAAGUUGAGUGUGCAUACUAAGAGUCUACAGGAAGAGUGCCAACAAUGGACAUGCAGCUUUCCUCACCUCAGGAUCCUGGGUAGGCAGAUAAUCACUCCAAGCGAAGGAUAUGGACUGUAUCCUAGAUCCCCUUCUGUUGUUUCAGUUUCACAUGAGACAACACUUUCUCAAGAAAGAGAUUCUACUAUAUUUGGUAUUAGGGGAAAGAAGUUACAUUUUUCAUCUUCUUAUGCUCACAAAGCAUCUCCCAUUGCCAAAUCCCCUAGUGUGUAUUCUAUGGAAAGAGAGGAGGAAGACUGUAUAAUCUCUGAAGGAAUAAUAGAGGAAUACCUAGCAUUCGACCACACUGAUAUGGAAGAGGGGUUUCAAGGAAAGAAAUUACACGCAUCUCCAGAGAAACAGAAAUUAGGGUACCCUCCCAUUGCUCCAUUUUACUGCAUGAAAGAGGACGUCCUUGCUUAUGUGUUUGACGACGUGUGGAGCAAAGUUCUGAGCUGUAUGGAGCAGCUGACACGUAGUCAUUGGGAGGGAUUUGCUUCUGAUGAUGAGAGUAAUGUUGCAAACACCAGACCAGUUUCAGAAAGCCCCUGUGUGCUGAGUGAACCACAACCCUUGGUUUUACCUCGAGUGCCACAGUCGAAGGUGCUGUCCAUCACCUCAAAUACAAUGAAUCUCUGUCAAGCAGCAAGUGGUCAUCAGCCAAAUGUGAAUGGUCUCUUGGUCCAUGGGAUGCCUCUACAACCAAGAAAUCUCUCCCUAAUGGACAAGCUACUAGAUCUUGAUGACAAGCUACUUAUGAGACCUGGAUCCAGUACCAUCCUUUCAACCCGAAAUUGGCCGAAUCGAGCCCUGGAGCUUAGUACAUCAGCUCUGUCAUACACAGUGCAGUCCGCCAGGAGACGCAAUCCCCCACCACGUACGCUUCAUCCCAUCAGCACAAGCCAUUCACGCGCUGGAACGCCAAGGCCCGUGGAAGAAAUCCUCAGAGGAUCCCGAGUAUUCAGUAAGAGAUGUCUAUACCGACCACAAAUCUUUCAUGACACCAGGGUUCUUCUCACCUGUCCAGGAGCGGCGGACUCACUCUCCUCUCCCUCACCAAUGCCCCUGAGUCGAAACAAUCUCCUGCCACCUAUUGGCACAGCUGAAGUGGAACACUUAAGCACUGUGGGGUCACAAAGGCAAACGAAAACCCAUGGUGACUCCAAUCGAGCUCGAAGCGCAGUGGUGGAUGAGCCUAACCAUCAGCAGCCCCAGGAGAGGCUCCUUUUACCUGACUUUUUCUCCAGGCCCAACACUACUCAGUCAUUUUUGCCAGAUACACAAUAUCAUUCGUGUGUUGCUGAGUAUCCUCAUCAGGCCCCACCUGGUAGGGGAUCUGCAGUGACAGGUGGGACCAUUGCUCUUAUUUUACUAUGUGGCUAUGUUAAGACCCUGUCUUUGUCUGUUUUCUAUGUUUAUUUUCCCUUCCUCCAGAUUUUAUUAUAUUUUGUUUUCCUACAUCUGUAAAUCAUCUCAAAUUCCUUUGGAAAUGGCAUAUAAUAAAGAUCAAGGAGACCUCUAUUGCCCAGAGCCAAGUUCCAGAUUCGUUUUCUCAUAUGUAAAUUAACUUCUCACCACUCUGGCAAAAUAGAUAGUACUUUCUUUUCUUCAAUCUAAAAAACUUAAGUGAAAUAAGUCAUUUUUAUAACAUUCAAACACUGCAUGGGUUUUAUUAUGUAGAUCCAUAUUUCUGUAGAAUAAACUUGCUAUGGUCAGUUAACCUGCUAGGCCAAGGUAAGAAAAGAAAUUUAAAAAUGACAAGACAUGCAGAGUCUUAGUCUAUCCCAUUAACUUUUAUUUCUAAGUCAUAUUCUAUAGACUGUACUUUCAUAGGAAAGGAGAAAUUUUAAGGAUAUCUUAACUUAAAAGUUAUCUUCCUAUAAUGGUCUUCUCACCACAUCAGGGUCAUUCUCAUUAUGCUGUAGGUGAAAUACGGAAGUACUAAGCAGUUGAAAUGUUUCCUGUUAAUAAGAUUAAAAAAUAAUCUGCCUCAAAUUAUCUCUGUCAUCCAAGUAAAUUCUCUUGUUCAGUUCCUAUUUGCAUUUUUUGGCAGUCUCUGAAUGCUUUCAGUGGAUUCUUUUCUUGGGUUAGUAGUUCUCAAAGAGACACAGUGCUGCCUCUGAGCUAUAGUUACUCCAUUUAGCCAUGUUGAUGGCCAGUUAUAACAUUUAGAUAAGUGAAACAGACAUAUUAGUCUGUUUUACUUGGUGGGUUCUUCUCUAGAACUAGGUUUCAUAUCUUAAUACAGACUUGUAGGUUUUACACGAUAAAAUAAUGUAAAUGUGGUUCUUACUGCCUUGGUAAAUAUAUACUUUAUUACUUAGUACCAGUCUCCAAAUUUCAGUCCAACUGAUAAUUGGAG